GCUCGAGAGUAACACGCGCGGUCUUGGAAGUUGGAUAUUCGGAGCAGACACAUCGACUUUGUGAAGAUAUUAAAUCUGGUGACUCGGGGGGGCGGGGGGAAACCACACACACACACACACAGGGCUUUUUAUUCCCUUUUCGCGGGUCCUAUCGAGAGCCGCUCUCUCCCCCCACCUCCCCUCUGCCUUUGCGCGGAAUGAGAACGCUCCACAACAUGGCGGUAAAUUCAGGCCGUCGCUGAGGAAGGGGCGCGCGCUGAGCGGCGGGGGCCCAGGUUCAAACCGGUAAACGUUCUCAACCGCCGCCAUGAGCAACAUCUACAUCCAGGAGCCGCCGAGCAGCGGCAAGGUCCUUUUGAAGACCACAGCAGGCGAUAUUGAUAUUGAAUUAUGGUCCAAAGAGGCGCCAAAAGCAUGCAGAAACUUCAUCCAACUAUGCAUGGAAGGUUAUUAUGACAACACAAUAUUUCACAGAGUUGUACCAGGCUUUAUUGUUCAGGGAGGUGAUCCUACAAGAACUGGAACAGGUGGAGAAUCAAUAUAUGGACGUCCAUUUAAGGAUGAAUUCCAUUCUCGUUUGCGCUUUAAUAGAAGAGGAUUGGUUGCUAUGGCAAAUGCUGGACCUCACGAUAAUGGCAGUCAGUUUUUCUUUUCACUGGGGCGUGCAGAUGAACUUAAUAACAAACAUACGAUCUUUGCUAAGGUGACUGGUGAUACUGUUUAUAAUAUGUUAAGGCUAGCAGAAGUAGAAGUAGAUAACGAUGAAAGACCACUUAAUCCUCACAAGAUUAAAACCACUGAGGUGCUGCACAACUGCUUUGAUGAUAUAAUUCCCAGAGUACUCAAAAAGCACAAAAAGGAGAAAAAAGAGGAAGAAAUGAAAAAAUCUCUUUCCAAAGGCACAAAUCUCCAUUGUGUACACGUAAAGGAACAUAGGAAAACGGGAACAGAAGGAGGCCUUCAGCCCAUUGAGCCUAUUCUACCAGUUAUAGGUUUUGUUGGAUAUUUAAAUUUUAGUUUGCUUUCCUUUGGAGAAGAAGCGGAGGAGGAAGAAGAGGAAGUGAACAGAGUUAGCCAGAGCAUGAAAGGAAGAAGCAAAAGCAGUCAUGACUUGCUGAAGGAUGACCCUCGGUUAAGCUCUGUUCCAGUUGUUGAAAGUGAACCAGCAACAAUGAAGACAAAACGGGGCUCCGACAAGGAGGAGGAUGAGGAGUCUGACAGUGAUGAACUGGAACAAGUAAAGGAGCAGGUUGCUAAGAAAUUGAAAAAAGAAAAAAACGAGGAUCCUGAAGCUCCGCCUAAAGAAGAAGGCAAUGAAGAGAAAUCAAGUCGUAGUGAAGAGUUGCGCAAAGAAGUGCGUCAGUUGAAACGGGAACUUUUGGCAGCAAAACAAAAGAAGGAAGAAAUUCCUACAAAAGAAGAAGAAGACAAAGAGUUGUCAGAUAGUGAACAUCCCCCUAAUAGUGCAGUGGCAGAAUAUUUAAAUGAAAGAAAAAAAUAUGAAGAACUUCGAAGACAAAAAACAAAGAAAGGAUCAACCCGUGAGGAACAGACUUUGGCACUCCUUGAUCAGUUCAAGUCAAAGCUAACGAAGGCCAUAGAAACUCCUGCUGAAGAAAUAAUUGAACCCGAAGGAGAAGAUGAUCAAGGCUGGAUGUCCCAUGUCCUUCAGUUUGACGACCAAACAAGAAAGGUGAAAGAUGCAACCAUACAAGAUGAAGAUACCUUUGAGAUAUAUGAUCCCCGCAAUCCAGUCAAUAAAAGACGGAGAGAGGAAAGUAAAAAGAUAAUGAAAGAGAAAAAAGAGAGGAGAUGAACUGUUUUCUUAUCUGUGAAUAGCAGUUGCAUGUAAAUGUUAAUUUUUGUUCUGCACCAACUUCUGAUAGUGUUUAGCCAGAAUAAUUUGAUCUAUUACUGUCACAAACUUGCAAGAGAACUUUUACUGAAAUAAUGUUUUCUAAUUUUCUUUAAAUGCCUAGAAAAUAAAUCUUAGUGAAUCUG